AUGGCUACAUUUUUUACAUUUUUUCACCUCCCUCGAGAGCUGCGGCACAUCAUUUACCAGCUCUACGUCGUGUCCGACGGAGGCUAUGUCCUCAAUCCCGAAACCAACAAACUCAGAGAUGCCCUGGGCAGACCAAUCGACCUGGCUUUCGCGUACACAUGCAAGCGCGCUGCCGACGAAAUGAGGGGCCUUGCACUGGAGGCGAACACCAUUACCGUUUCAACCUUUUACUCGCCAGACGAACGCCACAGAGCUAGAGACUUUGAUCUCGUCACCAUGAUGCUAAAUGAAGAACUGGAAAAUGCACUUCACUGUUCACAGCAUCUUCUCUGGGAUGAUACAUGUGAUGACAUAUCGGGGGCGUUCCCAGAGUUCACGCCCGUUCUCGACAUGAUCAGACAUGAUUCGUGGGGCAUAUCAACCAGGCAAGGCCCAUGGGGUGAACCUCACUCCGUUUAUCGAGAUUUCGUACGCUUCGCUUUGCGAGCCAUUCUAAGCACUAAUGACAGGCAUCGGCUCAAUGACGACUUCACGGAACUCUCAUACAACAUAAAUGACACCCAACACCUUCUCGAUAUGGAGCCGAACCCUUGGACCAUUCCAAGGCAACAUGAUCUCCGACAGAUAAUGGAUGCGCUCGGCGGGAAACAUUCAAUAAGAAAGUUUGGUCUCGAAAGAUUCUGGAUGGGCUCUGAAUGCGCCAGACGUGCCAUGUUUCGCUAUUCCGCAGCCGCUGUUGCCAUUCGGUUCCUGGAAUCCAAUACGCCUGCGACCCGAGCGCACAUGAGGGACAUCGUGCUGAUUGAAGAUCAGGAGUCUGUUUCAAAUCCCGAGUGUCACGCAAUGGGGUUGAUACCUUAUUGUCAAGAGAAUCCCGAGUUGCGGAUAGAGCGACGUGUCAGCCUGUGGCGGAACGCUUUUUUUCAUCUGCCGGGGCAAGCACUUGGUGUGCGGACACACCAAGACUACAAUCUCGGUCUAGACGCUAAUAAGAUCUCUUACGCCGUCGCCCGCUGGGUUAUUGAGGUAUUGCCACUCGUCCCCGCCGGUAUGCCCGCCAAAUCAUUUACGUUGGUCUUGGAUGGAGAGGGUGAGCCGCAGUGUUCGGAAAUUUUCCAGACUGUCGUUCUGCGCGAUGCUGCGUGGCAGCAGGCGAUGGAAGAAUGUUUCCAAAGCGGCGCCCUUCCGUCAGAGCCGUAUGGGAUGAGGAGAAAUACCCAGAGGACUCCGUUACUCGACUUCCCCGCCUUUAACGACUGUUAUCUGUUUGACAAGUUCCCGCAGGUAAUGCAAGAAAUCGUCGACGGGACGUCCAUAGUUCGUUGCAACUUUGGCACUGGGGACUUUGUGGACACGGAGCCAUUCAAGUUGGUCGCGAAGAAGGGGUUAUGGAGCGUAGAUCACUGGAGAUUCCACUGGUACGAACGUCAGAAGAAGACCUAUCAGCCUUCUCCUCCGUUGCCGUCGUGGAGCGACAUCAAAUCUAGCUAUCUCUCUGAUCGCCAUGUUGCAUUCACGCCCUCUCUGACUGAAAUGAUGUCAAGCUCUUCCGCCCCUCAGGGCCUGCGGUGGCAGUAG